AUGGACUCGCUUGUUAACGACAAACAGACCUACGAAGUACUUAAAAAAGACCCGACACCCGCACUGCAACGCAAACUUAGCAACAAAUUGCUCACACUGAAGAAAACCGACAAGAUCGACUUUCGACGCUACAACAGACUGAAGUGUAGUUUUCCGCAGCCACCUUAGCCUCCGAGAAAGCUCUCCUAUUUGGGCAAGCGAAGCGAGUCUCGCGAGAACGCCAACGCCACCCAAGCUGUGUGGACUACCAAAACUACACAAACCCAACAUACCUAUGCGGCCCAAAGUUUCUUUCUGUGGGUCCCGGACCUAUCAACUGUCUAAAUACUUAACUAACGUACUGAAACCUCUGACUGACGAAUCUAGACAUAAACUACAGUCUACUAAGAAUUUUUUUGACGCCAUUAAGACAAUACAGAUACCGGGACGACCACAAACUAGUGUCCUUUGA